AUGAGAUUGGAAUCCAAGUUCAGGUUCAAGACCAAGAAGAUGGCAGGCUACAACAGGAAGAGGCCAUAUGGAAUGCUGCUGCUGCUGGCACUCAGUACGGCAGUGCUCGGCGUUGUUCUGCUCCACAAGAUGAGGGAGAGGCGUGUCUUCAGCCUCCUCCUCCAAGACCGAGAUCAACAGUUGCUUGCUCUUGAGCUUCUCUUACAGAAAGAAAGAGAGAACAAAAUAGAAAUAAAAGAGAAAUUGGAGGUCUUCAAAGCCAAUGCAAUCUCUUUAAGAAGCGAAAAAGCUGAGCUUAAUAACAAGCUUAUAGAAACAGAAAGCACAAUUGCCAAUCUUAAAAGAACACACAGAGAUUUGGAAGCUGCCCUUGAGGAGAAACAGAACCAGAUAAAUGGACUAGCAGAAAAGGCAGCAGAAUCCGCUGCAUCAAAUCUUCAGAUAUCAAAUCUGACAGAACUUUUGAAAGAGAAAGAAGCCAAAAUUGAAGAAAUGAAGCAUCAUCUUUCAAGCCUACAGCCAUCCGAGAAUACUGCUGCAGAAACAAACAAUGUCGACAGGAAUGGCAAUAUUCUAGACUACGAGAAAAAGAAUGUGACUUCUGAAGAUGUGCAAUUGGAAGAACGUUCAACUACUGGAGGUGAGAGUACCAUGAUAGAGACAAAACAAGUUAACACUGGAAAUGAAACAGCUAGUGACCAAAACAAAGAUAUUCCUAAAGAAGGAACAUGGACAACACUCCAAACCAAUCUAGAGGAUGAAGGCUUAAAGAAAGAAACUGGAAGUAGCGUUGAUCCAAAUGCAGGAGUUUCAGGAGAUAACCAGCUGGAGAAGCUUGAAGUUUCUCAGGGGAGUGAAAAUUCUGCACAGAGCAAAGAAACAGAUCAAAGAAGCAAUGAGGAGGUUAAAGAACAGGCGUUGGAAUCUACAAAUGGGAAACAAAUUCGCAGUGCAGGUGAUGGAAAAACUGGUGAAAACUCCAAUGACAUAGAAGGUAAAGAACAACAUGUCCCUGAAAAUGGGGAUGCAGAAAAACUUCAAAAUCUACAAAAUGGAAAUGAACAGCAAUUAACUUCUGCAGGCCUGGAGGUGGCAGUAAAAAAUGAGGAUGCUAAAAUGAGGCAUAGACGUGGUCGAAGGAUGAAAACCAGGAGUCGAAGACGGCAGAGAGUCUCUAAAGAAAAAGAAUUGGAGAAGCAUGACAGCAUGCACUUUGAGAUAUCUCAAAUUGAUGAAAAUCAAGUAAGUAAGAAAGAAAGCACAGAUACUAGUAAAGAGGAAAUUUACAGAAAGAGCACAGAUUUUAGUGACAGUCAGCCGAACAUGCUUGAAAAUUUUCAAGUCACAGGAAAUUCAAGAGCAAGAGAUGGAAGGGAUGAUGGCGAUGCAUCAAGGAGUAAAGUUCAGAUGCUUCUUCCGCAACAUGAGAGCAUCGAAACGGUUACAAAUUCUCAUGGCAACGAGGUUUCAGAGACAAACUUGGAAAGCAAAGAAUUGUUGCAGGUUGAUGAUGGUAUAGGAUUGAGCUAUGAUACUGAUGAUAAAAGUGAAUUUGAUGAUAAAAAGCAGGAUUCAUUUUCCAACUCUGGGAAUAUAGAAAUGCCUGAUGAUUCACAAGAAAAAACACAAAAUCCAGAAGGUGGUGAAGGUUUGCAAGAUCAUGAAGAAGACAGUCUGGAUGAAACUGCACAGAAGGGAGAUGAACAGGAAUUGACAUCCACAGAUGGUGAACAGGAAAAGUCUGUUGACCCUCACGGAAAUGGAGAUGAGAACAAGAGUGAUGAUGAUGAAGGCAGAAUCAUUGCUGACUCAAUUGACAACAGUAAGAGUGAUGCUGAGGGACAAGAUGGAGUCGUUGAGCAAGCAAUGACUGUUAAUACCGUAUCAGACCCGGCACAAACCGAGGCUAACAGCAACACUGAUGACCAUCAAAGCAAGACUACUGAAAAGAAAACUGAAACAGCAGAUAGCUCUAAUACUGGUGAUGCAAAAGAUGAGGAAGAUAAAGGGAUCAAGGAGAACGCAGAAAAUAACAACAGCAACAAUAACGCUGAAUUCUGAAAUUAAGAGCUACGGGCUUGGCAAAAUAAUGUAUAGUCAUCGUGUGAUGGGAGAAUCAAGUUUCAUUUUU